AUGGGUAGUAGCUUCUCUAAAGAAAAACCCGCUGUUAAACCAGACCAGCCAUUAGCCACUGUUAUGACAGAAGAAAGACCUACACUCAACGAAAGGACUGGCUCUAAACGAUCCAUGGAUAUCGAUGACGAUUCUAAACCACGUCAAUCAAAGAAAAAGCGUAAUGGCAAGAAAGAUAGUUGGGCAAAGAAGACAAAGAAGGAGGGUGGUGAACAAAAGAUGCCUGCCGGAGGACUUCAACUUCGUCCUGAAUCAUUAGGACCAAAAGAACCUCGUAUUCCUAAAAAGAAGGUUGCUUUGUUUGUUGGAUACAAUGGUACCGGUUACCAAGGCAUGCAACUUAAUCCGGACUGUUUGUCUAUUGAAAGUGUCAUUUUUGAUGCCAUGGUGAAAGCCAACGCCAUUUCAAAAGAUAAUUCGUCUGACCCCAAAAAGUCUUCAUGGAUGAGAGCAGCUCGUACAGAUAAGGGUGUUCACGCAGCCGGUAAUCUCUUAUCGUUAAAAAUGCAAAUCCCCACUGAUUAUGAUGUUGUUGAACGUAUCAAUUCAUUCUUACCUGAACAAAUCCGUGUUUGGGGUUAUGUUCCCGUUAUUGGAUCAUUCCACGCCAAAAAUUUGUGUGAUUCUCGUGUUUACGAAUAUCUUUUACCUACAUGUGCUUUUAUGAAACCCAUCAAAAAGAUCAUGACCGAUACACCUACAACCGAUAAUGAUUUGAUGAUUUGUACCAACGAUCCCGUCAACCCUAUCACCAAAUAUACAACACGUAGUACACCGGAACUUAUUCAAGAAAGACACGAUUACAGAGCUACAAAAGAGCAAUUGGAAACAUUCACAACUGCUCUCAAGGAGUUUGAGGGAACUCACAACUAUCACAAUUAUACAAAUGGAAAAGGAUUUAAUGAUAAAAGUGCAAAUAGAUAUAUCAUGAGCAUCAAUGUAUCCGAUCCUAUCUAUAUCGACGGAUCUGAAUGGGUCAGUAUCAAACUUCACGGGCAAUCUUUUAUUUUGCAUCAAAUCCGUAAAAUGAUCUCUAUGGCUAUGCUUAUCACACGUACAGAAACACCUAUUUCACUUAUUGCAGACACAUUCGAGUAUCCUCGUAUCAACAUUCCUAAAGCACCAGCACUUGGAUUGUUAUUGGAGAGACCUAUUUUCAAUGUUUAUAACACAAAGAUGAUCACCAAAGCCAAUCAGAUUGAACGUGGUGAAGUGGACUUCAAGAAUUUUGAUGAUAAAAUUCAAGCAUUUAAAGAAGAAUGGAUUUAUAAAAAGAUUUUCGAAGCUGAAAACCAAGAGCAUGUUUUCGAUGGUUAUUUAACUUCUUUGGAUGCCCAUAUCGGUGACGAUUAUUUAUAUUUGAACAAAGAUGGUAUCAUUCCUGAAGAAUGUCUUGUACAUACAAAGUACAAUAGACCCGUUGUCAAGACGGAAUCUGAUGAUGAGGUAGAAGAGGAUUGA